AUGCAUAGACUCAGCAGAACAGAUCAUUCCGUUCCUGGUUUAACAACUUCCAUGGCGCGGACGGUAACUCAGACAAAAUCAUUCACAGACUCGGCAGGUAAUUCCACUACACUUGUGAGGGCUAGGUCAGUGUUAAGAGCAGGUCAUUCCGCUCCUGAUUUUAGUUGA